GGAACUCUCUGCCACAGAGGGUAGUUGAGGCCAGUUCAUUGGCUAUAUUUAAGAGGGAGUUAGAUGUGGCCCUUGUGGCUAAGGGGAUCAGAGGGUAUGGAGAGAAGGCAGGUACGGGAUACUGAGUUGGAUGAUCAGCCAUGAUCAUAUUGAAUGGCGGUGCAGGCUCGAAGGGCCGACUGGCCUACUCCUGCACCUAAUUCUAUGUUUUCUGGCUGAAGACUACGCCACGCAUAUCAAGGUCCGAGAUCUGAAGGAAAGACACAAAGCUGAUUUAACAAAUCUCAAAGGUAAACACAGCACUCAGCUCGGUAAAAUCAAGGGAGGAGAAACAUCAUAGAAAGAUCAGUGCUGUUUACAACUUCACAAAUAUCUCCAACUUUUAGGACCUCACGCCAAGUUCUGUGCACCCCUUGCAGAACAGGCAACUGGUUCUUUAAAUUAUUUCACCGAACGGAAGAUUAACGAACUGGAAGGUAAUUACUCAAAGUUGACCUGUUAAUAUUUUUGGCCAUAAAUGGUCCUACCGCAGAUUUGUACAUCUGUCGUCUCGUGGUAGGGAGUAGGUUUGCCCUAAAUUAUUCUAGCAUUAGAGGAAUGGAGUGGAUUUUAUAACAAAACUCUUCAUUUUUGUUUUGCCAUGUAAUUAUCUCGUCCCUGUAACCUUGUGAGAUUUUGUGUAUGCAAAUGAGUUGCUGUAAAUCCCAUAUUUUAUCACUGAUCACACUUAAAAAUAUACUUCAUUGGUUGGUAAAUGGGUUCGCACAUUCAGUGAUCAGGAAAAGUAGCGUGUAAUCUAAGUUUUUUUCAUUCAGGUAUUCUGGUCAGAUUCCUUGAUCAGAAGAUAGUGUUGUUUAAAGGAUUCAAGAAAAUAAAUCUUUGAGAAGCAUUUGUGAGAGUCUGCCAAAUGGCUGACAGGAACACACAGUAGUCAUUUGUACAGACUCGUACAGAUGCUUUUAAAAACAUUCUCUUCUUGAAUCCUUUAACCAUCGCUAUCACUGAAUUUUAAUUUUGAGACGGUGCUGAUAGUUAAAACAUGACAUCGUGAAGGGCGGCCUGGUGGCGCAGCGGUGGAGUUGCAGCCUUUCAGCGCCAGAGACCGGGGUUUGAUCCUGACUGUGGUGCUUGUCUGUACGGAGUUUGUAUGUUCUCCCUGUGGGUUUUCAUCCAGAUGCUCCGGUAUCCUCACACUCCAAAGACGUACAGGUUUGUAGGUUAAUUGACUUGGGUUAAUGGUAAAUUAUCCCUAGAGUGUGUAGGAUAGUGUUAGUGUGCGUGGAUCAUUGGUUGCCACAGACACAGUGGGUCGAAGGGCCUGUUUCCAUGCUGUAUCUCUAAACAAAAUCAUUUUAAGACAUUUUACCAUUCACAAUGCCCUUGCCGGAAAUGGUACAUCAAAGUAUUUUAAUUUCAAAUAGCUUUUAAUGAGAGGACCACAGAGCAACCAUGACACUUCAUUAACUCCAUGAAUGUCUUAUCUCUGUGAGACUUGAGCUGUGUUUGCAUGUCAGUUUACGGAAGAGAGGGUGAAACCAGGGACAAGGUAGAGAGACUAUAUUCAGCAGCAGAAGAGGAUAUUCAUUUGGAGUAAUUUAAACUAAAUAAGGGUUUUAAUGGAGCCAGUGGAGAAUGAUCAUUUUGUUUGUUUUGGGAUUAAGUAACUUUAUACCUUAAUUUCCAAAAUGUUGAAGAGACACAUUUUCUGUGGAGCUUUAUUCAAGCUUCUAAUCUUUUCUCACUAGUGAUAGUGAAGGAAUUUAUCAUUGGAUAAAUAUGUAAAUGGAAUUACCAUUUUGCCUGAGCAAUUUUCAAGCUUAAUGAGUUGUAGCAUUUCAAGGAUAUUUUGUGAUUUCAAAUGCUUGUAAUUAGUAGAACAUAUGAUUUUCACUGAUUGCCAUUAACUGGAGUGGAAAAAAUUGCAAACUGUGGAGGUAUUGCUUUUUUUUGCAACAAAUAUCAGAUCAUUAUGGGUGUUUUUUCCUUUCUCUUUCUUCAAGAACAAGUGGGGCUUCUGAACCAAGAGGCGGAAAGAUCGGAGGACAGGUCCUUGUCAAUUGAAGCUUCGUUCCAGUCUAAAAUCGCAUAGAUCCAAGAGGAGCUGGACAAUGUACAGGUACCCCAAAUAUAAGUCCCUUGCACCUGGUGACGAUUAAUUGAUCUGUUUGCCAUUUACCUGGAAUGAAAUUACUUCAUCUUUUCAAAAAAGGAAAAUUGAUGGUAUGAUAUAGGAAACAAUUAAAAAAAAAUGUUUACAUAGUUAGUUAUGUACAUUGUAUAUUUUUCAUCUGGGCUCAACUGUAUGAAGGAGUGCUUCCCUACAUUUCACUGCUCACUCCAUUCCGUGUAGAACCCCUUUCUGAAGAGUAAGUGACAUGGGAUAGAUGUGAGCCUGCAGGAAAAUUCAAUCAUAAAAUAGUUGUGGUAGAAUGGAGCUGUCGGCAGUGGCACAUUAAAAGUAUAAUGCAUGCUAAAAUUAUUUCGAGAGUCAUACUAAUACCUAAUACCAUGUGCCCUAAUUUUGCCCACUAAUCCCCCAUGUGGGACCUAUAUGAAAUGCUUUCUGAAAGUCCAGGUACACUACAUCCACUGGCUCUCCCUUGUCCAUUUUCCUAGUUACAGCCUCAAAAAAUUACAGAUUACUCUAGCAUGAAACCCUUCGUAAAUCCAUGCUAACUUGGGCCGAUCCUGUUACUGCUAUCCAAACGUGCCGUUAUUUCAUCUUUUAUAAUUGGCUCCAGCAUCUUCCCCACCACCGAUGUCAGGCUAACUGGUAUACAAUUCCCUGUUUUGUCUCUCCCGCCUUUCUCAAAAAGUGGGAUAACAUUAGCUACCCUCCAAUCCACAGGAACUGAUCCUGAAUCUAUAAAACAUUGGAAAAUUAUCACCAUGCAUCCUGAUUUCUAGAACCAGUUUCUUAAGUACCCUGGGAUGCAGACCAUCAGGCCCUGGGGAUCUACCCAACAUCAUUUCCUGCCUAAUGUGGAUUUCCUUCAGUUUCUCCGUCACCACAGAUCCUCUGGCCACUAGUACAUCAGGAAGAUUGUUUGUAUCCUCCUCAGUGAAGAUGGAUCCAAAGUACUUGACAUUUCUCCUCUGAGGGUUGAGAAUCUUUUGAGUUCUUUACCCUCCGGAGCUGUGGGUGGAGAACCAUUCAGUAUAUUCAAGGGUUAGCCAGCUAGAAUUUUACACUGCGGGAAAAUUGAGGGUUAUGGGGAUUAGGUAAAUGUUUAGAUCAAAGAUCAAAUCAGCCAUGAUCACGUGACAGAAUGAAUAAGGCUCAAGGGCUGAUUUUUUAACUUGAUAAAAGUUUCCAAUUAUCCAAUUCUACAACUUGCAAUUCUAAUGACGUAACAAUAUGUCUUGAAGGUGUACAUUAAAAGGAACAAGUCUGUGCUUCUUUGCUCCAUAGGUCCAUUUAUCUUAAAGACAAUUAAAAUAAUUUUACUUGUAUCUGAAUAUCACUGAAAUCAUCAAAUCAUUUCCAGCAGAGAAUAAAAAAUGGUAAACUUUUUAAAACUAUAUUUUUCACCAUGAAGUUACGUUUUUAAUGCUUAUCACACCUCUGGUCAUCUUGCUGAAGAACUCUAAAUUUCAAAUCAGCUUGCUAUUUUGUUCAUCAAAUAUGUCCGGGUGGCGAACAUAGAGAAUCAUUACUCUUGUAUCAUGCCGAAGCACUUCUGUUUCUUAUGGCAUCAAGCAACUAAUUGGCCAGUUAGAUGAGUGGAUGAUGUUGCUUUGUGUGUAAUGUGUCUGUAGAUAAGUGACUCUGAAUCUGAAGAGGAAAUGAUGAAGUGGCGAGAAACGGUUUCUAAGUCAACACCGAGCCAUGACAACGAUGAGUGGACUGUUAUGGAUUUAAGGAUGAAUCAAGUUGAGGAAAAAAGAGAAGAUCCAGAUUUGAUCUCAGAACUGCCGGAGCUGGAGGAGGAAGUGGGGGAUCUUCAGAGACAAGGACAGGUUCAAGGAUGGACAAAGCAGACCACAGCUGGCCAAAACCUUCUGGAAAAUGAAGAACUGGAAACCUUUCAGCAAGCAACACAGCAGGAGCGCACAGAGCAAGAUCCGUCCUCCAGCAAGAGGGAAUUGGCUGACCUAAGACCAGCGCAAAGGAAGUACACCAUUAGUUUGGAAUCGAUCGAGGAACGUGAGGAGGAUUUGGAGAUAGACCCCAGUGAAGAGGUGGUGGUGACACGGAAGUGUAAUGACGGUGGCUUUCUGCCAGAUCUUCGGAAUGGACUGACCAAUGAGGCAAGAGGAGUAGAACUCACGGAGCCAGACCUGGCAUUUAGGACCGCAGUGUUUCAGGAAUUCUGGGGGAAUGUUAUCAGGACCCUGGGCUUUUCCGCAUUUCAAUUGAGUGAUGACAGGAGAGAAUUCUGCAGAGGAAAAGGCUGCUGA